UACGCUUGUUAAAUGUCAUGUGUCAACCUAACCUAGAAGUCAUUUGAAAUUUGAAGCCGUUAAUUUUAAAUUUAAAUAUUUAAUAUUUAUUUAUGGUAUGGUUGUUCCGAAGAAAUUACCCUUCAGCUGUAUGAAUAAUACCUCAUGAAAUGGAAGGAAGAAAAUCAGAUUUUGUUAACAAAACAGUGCUGACCACUCCAAAACCAACAGCUUCGUCCACCGUCGAUAGAAAAUCCUUUCAGAGAAAAGCUCCUGCGAACUCAGAUACCAAUUUCGAAAACUCCCUUGGGAUAAUAGAUGAACAGAGUCUUCUGGCCGUCAGCUCCCAAUUACAACAUCAAAGAUAUUUGGCCAGCAACUCUCUCCAAAGGGCCAACAAAGUGGCAGCAAUUCCUUCUAAAUACUUGAAACGCAACAUCAGUGAAUCGGACUCAGUUGCUAUUGAAUCAAAUGAGAGCACAGUGAGCGACAGUGACUUGCUGAAAACACCUGUGAACACGUCAACUCCUCGUAAUUCCAUUGAUCGCUUGAGCCUCGGUCAAUCCUUAGCUGAGCUUUCUCUCAAAAUAAGCAACAAAGAUAUUUCUUUGGAUAAAUUCGUCAGUGAUUUCAAACAAGCCAUGAAGGGCACUGACUGCGAUAUACCUAAUAGCAUGUUCACCCCAGCUGAAGAGGCAGAAAGUAUGUUGAGGGCGGACGAGUUAUCUUGGAGGCUGAAAAACGAUUUACCUGGUCAGGUUGAGCAGUUUUCACAGAUGGACCUUUCUGGUGGAAAAGUUUCUGUUGGGGAAUUUUUUAAGAAAAGGUCAGAUACUUUAUCGGACUUUUCUGCUGCUAAAAGUCCGGUGAAAACGAAGAAACCUGUCCCACUGAUAAAUGAGUCGGAGAUUUAUGAAGAGGAUGAAGAAAGUGUUGUGGACGAUAUAAGUCACAAAAGCCUCAGUAUAUCUGCUAUACAGCAGUUCCUGGCUCAAAGCGAGGACACUCCCAGGCGUGCAGUGGACCAACUUCUAAAGCAAGGCAAAAAAUCUGAUAUAUCUCUCAAGUCAGGUGAUAUUUCAAUACCUGUUAGUAAAAACUCUUCCUAUACAAGCAGUUGUUCUGAUAAUGAAGCCAUUUUUUGUAUAGAUGAUAAGGAGAAUGUUAAUACCUUAAACGUCACCCCCAAAGAUCCCCAUCCCCUCUCCCCUACUUCUCCAUCCUCCUCGACAACUUCUUCACGUGCCUCAAGUGCUUUGACAUCUUUACAGAACGGAAAACUACCUAUCGAAACAACAAAGUGCGAUAUGAUUUGGGGAUGCCUGAAGAUAGGCAAGUCGGAGACGAAGGACUUUUUGAUAAGAAACAGAUCUUCAAAGAGGCUGGGAUUGAAACUGUCUCUUUCCGGGCAGGAAUUCAAGAUAAGGAAGGACAACAGAUUGGACAGUGAGCCUAUUUCCUCUUCAAAAAUUAUCUUACACCCACACGAGGCAAAAGUGUUAUUCGUGUCAUUCAUCCCCACUAAAGUGGGUGCAGCUGCAGAUGAACUGAUUUUCACCUCAUUGGAUCCAAAUCUUGUUCAGACCAAGAAACAGUGCAUUCGAUUGUUUGGGUAUGGUGGUACAGGAAAAGUUGAGUUUCGAAAUUUGACAAGGGACACCACCGGUAAAUUUUGGCUUCCGCUUGGCAAAUUGGAAAAUCAAAGCGUGAUGACGCGGAGUUUCAAUGUGCGAGGCAGUGGAGUACUGUCCACCUUUGUUCAUAUCUCGUUUACCUCUAAAGACUUAGCGAAAGUCAGCAUUGUUCCAGAUUUUUUCUUGCUGAUCCCUAACGAACAUAAAGAGGUGGUCGUGAGCUACGAAUUUUCAUCUGAAGACAACAAGAGUUUGCACAAAGCCCUAGUGAAUACCAAUAUAGUGGAACUAGGCAGUUUGUCAGUGACUUCAGGGACUGAGGUAGAUAGAGGGAGACUGAGACGACUCUAUAGAAAAUGUUGUGAGAGUGGUCUGUCUAUAGAUCCAUUGGCAACUACGUUGAAGAAAGAACUUUUUGGGGAAGUGAUGCCUUCAGAUUUGGUGAGGCUUAAGGAAAGUUCUGAAUAUUGGAGGGAGAUAUUCAAACAGUUUUCUAGAAAUGAGAUAGUAAUCACCAUCGAAAGAGACCCAGAUCAAACCAUCAUUCCUCAGUUUUCUGACGAGUCUGGACUGUACCAGUCUUUAUGGCAGGACUCCACAGAAAUUGUUUCAGACCACACAGUAGUUCAACAGUGUCGAUUGGAGCCUCCAACCAUUUUCUUGACUCCACCCUCUAAGACAAAGGAUUACCUGUUUUUCAUUUCAGAUAGUAAUAAAAAACUGCAUUAUCAAGUGACUUGUGAUCCUAAAGGUCUGGAAUUAGAACCUAAAGAAGGCAUUAUUGUGCCUGGUGAACAGAUUGUUAUAAGUUUAGCUUACCCAAAAGCUGUUGUGAAUGGGAAUAAACAAUAUAAGGUAUCCGUUUAUGUUGAGAAUGAUGUUUUUGAGGCCGAUGUUAAGGUUAUGGUAAUUUCAAUUGGGAAAAAUAAGAAUAGUUCCUAACUGGCUUAAUAUUGGCUAAAGGGGUUGUUUAAGGUGAUAUUUUAUUGUGUACUUACCUGCUUUUUGGGAAGUUUUUAUUUGUAAUACAUAAAAAAAAUAUAUUUUUAUAAGUAACAUUUCAUCUUUUUUAAAAGUCGCAAGGAAAAUGGUACCAAAUUGAAUGUUACUUUUGUAUAUUGGAAGUGCCGGGGUAAUCAUCUCAGGUUUUAGCAUCUUCUAGGGGUCCAGUGUUUUCUGGAGGCCUGGCCUCUAAAAUAAAAGUAAAUAAAUGGGAGUGUUUGUGCGCCACACUUUCACUUUUCUUUAAUUUUAUUAAAGGAUUCCUCAAAGUAAAAAGAUGCGCAUGUUAUAACCAGCAGUGUGGAAUGUGGCCAAUAAUAUGUGUAAAAUAACUUUGUCCUUUGUUGAUUUUGGCUUUCUGUUAUUAUAUGUGAAGUGUAAGUAGCACGGGUAUACAGUUAAUAUAUUUUCCCAACUCUC